AUGCAUCUUCAUCCUCCAAUUACUCAUUCACCUCGAGAUUUUAAUGAACGAAUCUAUACAAUCAGUGUCAAUUCUUGUUGCAUCGAAACUGGUGGAGUAAUUGAUAUUUAUUGGACAAUCAAUGGUGGAGUUUCAAAUCAGCAUACUGAUUGGAUUGGUAUUUAUAAAUCUGAUAGAUGUGGAACAACUGUGGGAAGCUCAUGCCUUCGUAGUCCAUAUGCAAGGAGCUAUAUUAGCAGCACUGGUACUUCUGGAACACAAACUAUAUCAGCUCCAUCUUCGCCAGGAACAUAUCGUGCAUACUACUUCAAUGAUCAUGGAUACGGAAUUAAAGCCAUAUCAAAACCAUUUUCCAUAUCAUCGUCAUGUUCAACCCUUCAUUUAAUGGUUGAGUCGGAAAUUCAGGUUUCUAAUGAAAGAGUUAUUGUUUCAUGGUGUGGUGCUGAUACAUCAGAUAUAGAUGAUAGGAUUGCAUUUUGGCAAAUAGAUUCAUCUCCAAGUACUGAUCAAAAUUUUAUAUCUGAUGCUUGGGCUUAUACAUACGGUGGAACAGUUGCACAGAAUAAGCAUCCAACAGCUUCAGGACAGAUAUCUUUACGGGUUCCUUCAUUAUAUGGAACCUACACUGUUUAUUACUGCAUAAAUGGUGGAUAUACCUGUCCAAGUUUCGUUACUAUCAAAGUUGUCAAUCCAAAUAUAUGCAACCCAUCUGUUUCAACAACAUCAAGAAUUGAACAUAUCAUAAUUAUUAUUUCUGAAAAUCAUUCUUUUGAUAGUAUAUAUGGAAGAUAUUGUCAAGCUACCACAGGUUCAAAACCAAAGUGUAAUUUUGGUCCAUCUUGUUGUGAAGCAGCACCAAGUAGUGUAAGUGGAGUUUCUCCCAUAACAUUAACCGAUCAACAAAAUGUAUUGUACGGUCCCAAUAAUAGAGCCUCUUGUCAAAUAUGUGAAAUAGAUGACGGUUUAAUGGAUCGAUUUGUUACUGGAUGUCCUUGCUCAAAUGCAUCCAAUUUUGCUAUUGCCGAUAGCACAAGUGCAGCAGGUUAUUAUUCAUGGGCAAGAUCGUAUGCGAUGGCUGAUAAUUUCUUUCAAUCUGCCGCUGGUGCCAGUUCUGAAAAUGAUAUGUAUUUUGCAACAGGUAAAUUCUUAUUUUUGGAUAAUAGUGUAAUUGCACAAAAUCCAAAUCUGAAUGGUGCACGUUGUUAUACCAAAAAUUUCAAAAGUUAUUAUAGUACAACGAUUGCAGAUUUAUUGAAUUACUGUGGCAUCUCCUGGACAUUCUAUGCUGAAGGAUAUGAUCAAAAUCCAAACAGUACUCAAUGUUAUCCAAAUUAUUACGAUGCAACUGAUAAUCCAUUUACGUAUUUUCCAAGCUUGAUAAAUUAUUUAGAAAUUGAUUCCAAAAAUUUCAGAGACUAUACCAAUUUGUACUCUGAUAUUAGAACUGGAAAACUUCCAGCUGUUAGUUAUGUCAAAGGAUUAGGUAUUCAUAGUGAACAUCCCGGUUAUGGGACAAUAACAGCCGGUGAAACAAUUUCACAAAAUGUCAUUAAUGCUAUAAAAGAAUCGAAUAGAUACAGAAAAAAUACUGUUAUAUUUUUGGUUCCAGAUGAAAGUGGUGGCUACUAUGACCAUGUAUCUCCACCACCACGAAGUACAAUUGAUAAUCAACCAUAUGGUCCUAGGACACCAUUUGUUGCUGUUGGACAUCAAGUUAAAAGAAAUUAUAUUUCACAUGUUCAAAUGGAACCUUCAAGUUUAAUUAAAUUUAUUGAAUGGAACUGGUUUAACCGUCGAACUGGUCAAUUAGGAACUCGUGAUACGGUUGUUAAUAACAUUGGCGAUAUGUUCGAUCAUAAGAAGACCGGUGUUAAGAUUCCUUCAAACUAA